AUGGCGAAAAAGUCGAAGACGGGAAAAGCGAGGAAGGACAAGUUUUAUUUCCUCGCCAAAGAAACGGGAUAUCGAUCGCGUGCUGCCUUCAAGUUGAUUCAACUGAAUAGGCGUUUUAAUUUUUUGAACACGUCAAAAAUCCUGAUUGACCUUUGUGCUGCACCGGGAGGAUGGCUUCAGGUAGCGUCAAAAGAAAUGCCGGUGUCAAGCCAAAUCAUGGGCGUCGACUUGGUUCCAAUCCAGGCGAUUCCGCGGGUGAAAACCUUCGUUGCAGACAUAACUACCGAGCGGUGCAAACAGCUUAUUAGGGCCGAAUUAAUGCAGAAUAAAGCUGACGUCGUCCUGCACGAUGGCGCUCCGAAUGUUGGUACCGCAUGGUCCAUCGACGAAUACAGUCAAGCCAACUUAUGUUUGCAGGCAUUUGCGCUUGCGACGGAUGUAUUGCGCCCAGGUGGUUGGUUUAUAACUAAGGUCUUUCGGAGCAGAGAUUAUGAGCCUUUUAAGUGGGUCUUGUCUCAUUUUUUCCGGACUGUUCGUGCCGUAAAACCGGAAGCUUCAAGGAUGGAAUCAGCCGAGAUAUUCCUAGUUGGCCAACACUACCGUGCUCCUGACAGAAUUGACCACCGUUUCCUCGAUCCGCGACACGUUUUUGGCGAAGUUGAGGUUCCAAAAGAACGGGCGGCCAUCGUAUCAGGUUUGCUGAAGGACUGUAAGAAGAGAAAGAAAGCGGAAGGCUAUGCGGAUGGUGAUAAGCUAUAUCACGAACUCCCAGUUUCAACUUUUCUUCACUGCUCUGAUCCGCUGGAGGCCCUGGCUAAGGCCAGCAAAGUAACUUUACAUUUUGUUCGUACCAAUUACCUUCAGGUGAUUUUUGAUAUCCCAGAAGUAAUGAAUCAUCCGCUCACGACGAAUGCUGUAAAAACGGACCUGGAUGAUAUUCAGGUUUUGGGCAAAGCUGAUAUCAAUCCCGGUGGUCUGGUGAAAGAUGAUAUUUCCAUUCGGAUUGGGAAGGCCAGAGCAGCUUUUGCGAACCUACAUCACCUGUGGCGUAGGCGUGAUAUCAGUUUCUCUGUCAAUGGUCGAGUUUACAAUGCUGCAGUGCGCUCCAUAUUACUACAUGGAUCAGAAACCUGGCCGCUGCGCGCUGAGGACGUCAAAAGACUUUCGGUGUUUGACCAUCGAUGUCUUCGGAGCAUUGACCGAAUCUGGUGGGAACACCGGAUCAGCACUUCUGAAUGCGCUCCAUAUUACUACAUGGAUCAGAAACCUGGCCGCUGCGCGCUGAGGACGUCAAAAGACUUUCGGUGUUUGACCAUCGAUGUCUUCGGAGCAUUGACCGAAUCUGGUGGGAACACCGGAUCAGCACUUCUGAAAGCUCUACUGAAGUGGCGUAAACAUAUAUUGGCCGCCUUGGAUGACAAGUCAAAAAGCUCGGAUACGGUGCAACAAGACAAGGCUGCCGAGAACAGCGAAGUCAAGGAAGAUGAGGAUCUAGAAGUUGAAGAGGAGGUUCAGCGUCUGAUCCACGAAGAGGAGAAGCAAAAGAAAAAGCGCCUGAAGCGUGUCCGGAAGGCUAAAAUGAAGCUGGCUGAACGUCUAGUAUUGAAGAUGGAGCAUCAAGGUGACCACAUAGAACAGGUGGAUGACGAACUUUUUUCCCUUUCUACACUGCACGAUUUCGUGGGAUUGGAAGAGGCCAGGAAAUUGAUUGGAGAUACCAGUAUGACCGGCGCGGAUGACAUGGCUCGUGAUGAGAUGAAGAAGGCGUUAAAAGAAAUCCGAAAUCGUAGAGAAGAAGCGCGUCGAUCGGCCGUGGAGGGUGGAACGAAGGUUCACUUUUCAAAACGGGGUGACGAUGCAGACAAACCUGACUAUGAUAGUCAACAGACAUCUGGCAACACGUAUCGCGAUGACCUUUACCUGAGUUCGGAUGAAGAAGACGAAGGUAUAGAAAAUGACGGAGAUACACAGGAGGACGAAAACGAAUCUGAUGCGGAAGACGUAGAUCUGGAUCUCUACAGUGAAGAGGAAGAUGACGCGGAGCUACGCGGCCCAAAUUCCAAGCGAGCACGCUUUGCCGAGCCCAUCACAAGACCGUCUGAGUCAAAAAGGACAUCUUUGCCACAUAUGGACGGUUUUAACGCAAUCGCUAAGCCUCGGAAUCCACUCCUAGUUGAUCUAGACGAUGCACCGGAAAAAAUCAAACAAAAGCGCAAGAUUGAAUCCUGGUUGGAUUCGGAGGAAAUGAAGGAUUUGUUGGCCCCUGUUGAGGAAGACGACAGAAUCUCAACAACCUCAUCCGAUUCAGAUGAACCUACAGAGAAACAGAAAACUAAAGGAAAGAAAAAGAAGAAAGCGGCUGUUGUCGAAACGGGCAGCCCAGCCGAUAUAAAACGUCAGCCGGGAGUGGUAUCAAAGGGUUCUGCAGAGGAAUCCGCUACUAAGACUAACGAGUCAAAUGUCCCGACCGUGACCGAACAUUCUGUACAACGGUUGAAGCGCCUCCGCCGCCCGCUCACUCCAGAAGAGCGUGCCUUAGCCCUUCGACUUAUUCGUUCUGCCAAAUCUCGCCGGGAGCUACUCGAAUCAGCCUAUCAUCGCAUGCAGUUUUUCGAAGACCCGUCUGACCUACCUGAUUGGUUUGUUGAGGAUGAACGGAUACACAUGCGGAAGCCGUUGCCGCUAACAAAGGAGGAGGUCUCCCAGGAUCGUCCUACUCAGGGACGUUCCAUGACUAAGGUCGAGGAAGCAAAGGCACGGAAAAAAGCACGAUUGGCCAAGCGACUGAAGCGAAUUCGUAAGAAGGCCGAGGAGAUUUCCGAUGAUGUUCCGGAAGCGGAAAAAUGGCAGCAAAUUAAACAGAUGUAUAAAAAAGCCGGUCUGCUGAACAAGAAACGCAGACCGUUGCAUUUGAUUGUGAACACAAAGGGUGGAGCACGCAACAAAACUACAAAGGCCCCUAGGGGGGCCAAAGUGAAAAUUGUCGAUCGACGCAUGAAAGCAGAUCUCCGUGCUCGUGACCGUGGUGCGUCGAAGCGACGACAGCGGGGCGGUCGUACUGGACGUCCCGUCCGAUUGUUGGCACACAAACCUCGAAGAGGUGGUCGUCGUGAGUGACGGGAGGCUAACUUGCAGAGGCUUUUUGUACAUAGACUUUGAGUUCUACACUUCCCUGUUAUUGUUGAAUACAGCCGGAUUACUCAGCCUUGCUUUUGUGUCGUUCCAGUCUAUAGUUACCUUGCGGACGAUUCGUAAAGACCAAUACUGUUGAAGUUUGCUACUAGUUGUUUUCAAGCUCACUGGAACAACUUCGAAAACUCAAUGGUACUAUCGAAA